AUGUCAACUUCUGAAAUCGAACCUCUCUUACGUGAAGGUGACUCUGGGUCCCCUUUCCAGUUCACUAAAGAGGAACUAGCCAGCCUAGUUGACCCAAAAGACCCAGAUGGCUUGCGCAAAUACGGCGGUACAGAUCAGAUUUUAAAGGGAUUACGCGUGAAUUCGACAGAUGGGUUGAGCUCUGACGAAGGAUUGGGUGAAAAUAAUAAGAAAGGAGUACCGUUUCGCGAGCGAAGAAAGUACUUUGGAAAGAACGCGACAUCAAUCCGAUACUUUUUAACAUGGGAACGAGAAAGAGUUGAAAAAUCACAUGAUGUUGUAUUGCCCGAUGUCGCGUCAAAAUCGUUAUUUUCUUUAAUAUGGGAAGCAUAUCAGGAUAAAACCUUGAUUAUGCUUAGUAUCGCUGCGUUAUUCUCAUUGGGUGUUGGUAUAAGUGAAGAUUACUCUCUGCGACAUCCAGAAGAUGAACCACGUGUCGGUUGGAUCGAGGGUACGGCUAUUCUUGUCGCCGUUGCUGCUGUUGUUCUGACAAAUGCAAUUAAUGAUUAUCAGAAGGAAAAACAAUUCAAAAAACUUAAUGCCAAAAAAGAAGAUCGUAGUGUCAAACUUGUUCGUGAUGGAAGAGAACAACAGAUUUCUGUUCAUGAGAUAAAUGUUGGUGAUAUCUUGCUUCUCGAACCAGGCGACAUAGUACCUGUCGACGGAAUAUAUUUGAGCGGCCACAACUUGACAUGCGACGAAUCAAGUGCCACCGGUGAAUCUGACGCGUUGAAAAAAAAUGAUCUAGAAUCUGAUGGUGAUCCAUUUAUUCUUAGUGGAUCUAAAGUGUUGGAAGGCGUUGGAAGAGUGGUCGUCAUUGCAGUUGGUCCUUAUUCCUAUUUUGGAAAGACUAUGAUGGCUCUCCGUGGUGACGAAAAUACUGAAACUCCUCUACAAAUGAAAUUGGACAUUCUCGCCGAACAUAUCGCCAAAUUGGGCAUGUCUGCCGCAUUGCUUAUGUUGAUUACACUGGGCCUAAAGUAUUUUAUAACGGCCGCUAUAUCCCAUGAUGAUUUCCCGGAUGCUGAAGAGAUUGCUGCUGCACUUAUUCAAAUCAUCAUUCAGGCUAUUACUAUUGUAGUGGUUGCUGUCCCGGAAGGUUUGCCUAUGGCUGUUACGCUUGCUCUCGCAUACGCCACUACACAAAUGUUAAAAGAUAAUAACCUGGUACGAGUUUUAUCUGCUUGCGAAACAAUGGGCAACGCAACUGCAGUGUGUUCAGAUAAAACUGGCACAUUGACUCAAAAUAAGAUGACGAUUGUUAGAGGAUUCCUCACCGGACAUGAAUUUAACAGUGUGAGUGAGAUCGAAGAUUGGAGAAAAGAUGUAAAUCAGCAAACAUUCGACACAAUUGUUGAAGCGAUUGUUACCAAUUCUACGGCAUUUGAAGGAAAAGAUGAAAAUAAUAAAAUAGAUUUUAUUGGAUCAAAAACGGAAUGUGCAUUACUUGGAUUCUGCAAAGCCCUUGGAAUUGAGUAUCGAGAAAUUCGAAACUCGUAUCAAUUUGCCAAAAUUUAUCCUUUCGCAUCGAAGAAAAAGACAAUGACAACUGUCAUUAAACUUGCAACACCCAGUAAAGAUGGUGAAUAUCGAGUUCACGUGAAAGGAGCUUCAGAAAUAGUAUUGGGUUCGUGUACACGAUAUAUAGACGGAGAUGGCAACGUUAAAGAACUAGACUCAAAGACGAAAGGAAAAUUCGAAAAAACAAUACAGAAUUUUGCUGAAGGUGCCUUGCGUACUAUUUGUCUUGGGUAUCGUGAUGUAUCAAGUGCAGAAUGUUCAAAAUUCGACGAUGACAAUCCGCCAAAUGAUAAUCUCAUUUGUUUGGGUAUUGUUGGUAUUCAGGAUCCUUUACGUCCGGGUGUCACCGAAUCAGUCAAAGCGUUUAGAAAGGCAGGCGUUUAUGUGAGAAUGAUUACUGGCGAUAAUCUUGUGACAGCAAAAGCAAUUGCAAAAGAGGCCGGUAUUUUGACUAAAGGAGUUGCGAUUACUGGACCUGAGUUCAGAAAACUGUCUAAUGAUGAACAAAGAAAAAUGGUACCACGACUUCAAGUACUCGCUCGUUCUUCACCAACCGAUAAAACAAUUGUGGUUAAACGAUUAAGGGAACUUGAUGAAAUUGUCGCAGUCACCGGUGACGGUACAAACGAUGGUCCUGCUUUGAAGUUAGCUGAUGUUGGGUUUAGUAUGGGAAUUACUGGAACUGAGGUGGCCAAGGAAGCUUCGUCGAUUAUUUUGAUGGAUGAUAACUUCAAUUCCAUCAUAAAUGCUUUGAAAUGGGGUCGAGCAGUAAAUGAUUCCGUGCGUAAAUUCUUGCAAUUCCAACUUACCGUUAAUAUCACUGCCGUCGUUAUUUCAUUCACUAGUGCCUUAUUGAGUGAUGAUAAUGAGUCUGUACUCACCGCUGUACAAUUGCUAUGGGUUAAUCUUAUUAUGGAUACACUUGCUGCUCUCGCAUUGGCUACUGAACCACCGACAGAUGAUCUUUUAAAUCGAUACCCAACCCUCAAGACAGCUUCUUUGAUCAGCUAUCGCAUGUGGAAAAUGAUUAUUUGCGAAGCCAUUUUCCAGAUUAUUAUCAACCUGACAUUAUUACAUUUGGGACCAGCCAUUUUCCAUCUAGGCGACAGUAAACAGGAUAAAAUUCUUCUCGGCACUAUAAUCUUUAACACUUUUGUGUUCCUACAAGUAUUCAAUGAAAUCAACUGUCGAAUCAUUGACGAUCAUUUGAACGUAUUCAAAAAUAUUUUCAAUAACCACGUAUUCUUAAUUGUCCAAUUCGUCGUGAUUACUGGGCAAUUCUUAAUUGUAGAAUUUGGCGGUGUUGCGUUUGGCACUACUCCUUUAACUUGGUAUCAGUGGCUUGCGACUGUCAUGAUUGGAUCCUUGUCGCUUCCUGUUGGCGUGAUAAUUCGUCUCUUUCCAAACACGUGCGUCCCCGAUCGAAUUCUCAAUGAAGAACGUAAACCGCUCGUUACACAUUCCGAGAUGCGAUGGGAUGCGGCAAUUCAUGAUGUACGAAAUCAACUUAAAGUAUUCGGUGCACUUCGAAAAGUCAGAAGAAAUUCUAAGCAUUCCGAACAUCCCGAAAACAUCGAGGAAUCUCCCGAAUCUUCCGAAUCCAUCGAAUCCUCAGACAGUGAGCCCGUUGCCGUUGCACCUAAAAAGCUUAAUUUUGCGGAUGCAGUACAUGCUUUGCGUCCUCAAAAUCAAUAG